GACACACGCAACGCAAACUCACACGAGCUAGCAAACCAGCCCACACGAGCUCCAUCGGAUGGGGUCCUUCGCCAGAGCUGCGCGCUUCCUGGUGCUCCUCCAGAUCGUCCUGUUCGUCAUCUCCGCCGUGCUCAUGAGCGGCCCCGUCUGCCAUGGAGCCCGCCCAGGGAUCGGUGGUAGAGCUCUCGACCCUAACCGUCCGACGGUUACAGUGCCGCCUGGUGACCCCUACACCGGUCGUCGGUGCAGCAGCUUGUACAGGUGCCCACCAAGUGUUCAGCCCUGAUACCCGCAGAAACACCUCUCCCGAACAAUGGAAGGUGUUGACGAUUGCACCGCCUGGAUGCAUGCCUCCAUCUAGUUAGCAAUACAAGCUAUUGCCACGACCUUAUGUUGAACCCAUAGUAAUAUCGUCUCGUGUGCUUAAAUGUUUACUAGUCCGAAUAAAACUGGAUGUCUGUUGUUUGGUUCAGAAAUAAUAAAGAUGGACGGUGUUUCUAACGAAUAAA